AGAGAUUAAAAAAAGAAAAAAAGAUGAUGGGUGGGAGCCGACCCCUCACUCUCUACACCAAAUCCUACACCCUCAUCUCCUCCUCCAUUGCCCCCCGCUUCAAUCCCCACCGUCCGAUCCGCAAUCGCACGGUCCUCAUGUCGUCUUCCUCCUCCCAACCCGACCCCUCCCCUUCCCCCUCCCCCUCCCCCUCCUCCUCCUCCGCCGCCGCCGCCGCCAUCGACUUCCUCUCCCUCUGCCACCGCCUCAAGACGACGAAGAGGGCGGGGUGGGUGCGGAGGGGGGUGCGGGAGCCGGAGUCGGUAGCCGAUCACAUGUACCGGAUGGGCGUCAUGGCGCUCGUCGCCCCCGACAUGCCCGGGAUCGAUCGCGACAGGUGUAUCAAGAUGGCGAUCGUGCACGAUAUUGCGGAAGCCAUUGUUGGUGAUAUCACUCCGUCGGAUGGCGUACCCAAGCUGGAAAAGAAUCGAAUGGAGAAGGAAGCACUAGAUCACAUGUGCAACUUACUCGGCGGAGGAUCCAGAGCAAAAGAAAUACAUGAGCUGUGGAUGGAAUAUGAGGAGAAUUCUUCGCCGGAGGCAAAGAUUGUCAAGGACUUUGACAAGGUUGAGAUGAUACUUCAAGCACUGGAAUAUGAAAAUGUUUUUCUUUAUUUUCUUAUGCAGAGCAAGGAAUUGAUUUAGAAGAAUUCUUCCAGUCGACAGCAGGAAAGUUUCAAACAGAUGUGGGUAAAGCUUGGGCAUUUGAGAUUACAUCAAGGAGGAAAAAAAAGUAGCUGCUGCUGCUUUGAUAUUGCUCGAUUUCUACUCUGGCCGUAUCCACCCCGUGGAGCUGUUUCGGUAGUCUUUAUUUUGACGCAACAGCUUUUGUUCUUCUAACAUAGUCGUAGAGAUAUUCAAUUGGAUCGAAAAUAUGAAUUCUCCUUACGCAGCUGUUGUACUUUUUUGAGCUUGCGAAGUCUCUUGCGAGCGUAUUAUGAAUCCAAAUCCACUGUUUUCUUUUGGGGUCUAAAAGGUUCAAAUGUUUCAGGAAAUUGCAUAAUAUCGCUGUAUUGACAUGCAGAGUCAUUACUGUUCAAAUUUUGAUUCUUUUCGCGUGUUAAUGAGUAUUGAGGGGCAAUGAUGAGCUACUGGAAAUA